GGGGAGGGGUUUCCCGGGACGAGCCGGCCCCUUUCAUCCAGGAAGUGAAAACGACGUCGGGGUCAAUGAAAACAAACGGAGAGCCCUGGGGGGAAAAGGAAGGCCGGCGAGGAGGAGGGAGCGCUGGGGCGCGGGAGGGAGCAGCUGGACUGCGGAAGGGCGAACCGGAGGCCGGCCGCGGUCGCGACUUUAACGCCGCCGCUGCCGGGGCUCGCCGGGGGAUGUCUGAGCCCGCGCCUCGCGGCCCCCAAGCUCCACGCGGCGGCCGCCGUCCGGGCCUGUGAGGGCCGCCACGUCCCGGCGGCGAGCGCGGACUAAGGGCGGCUCCGUGCCGGCUGGGGGCGCCUGGGGAGGGGCCGCGGCGUGCCGGGAGGGGCUGCCCAGGUUCCGCGCUUCUCCCAUCGCUGCGGCCGGCGCCGGGCCAGAAGGAUGCGCGGCGCCGGGCUCUGAAGCAUGGAGGGGGUUCUGUACAAGUGGACCAACUAUCUCACAGGUUGGCAGCCUCGUUGGUUUGUGUUAGAUAAUGGAAUCCUGUCCUACUAUGAUUCACAAGAUGAUGUUUGCAAAGGGAGUAAAGGAAGUAUAAAGAUGGCAGUUUGUGAAAUUAAAGUCCAUUCAGCAGACAACACAAGAAUGGAAUUAAUCAUUCCAGGAGAGCAGCAUUUUUACAUGAAGGCAGUGAAUGCAGCUGAAAGACAAAGGUGGCUGGUUGCUCUGGGGAGCUCCAAAGCCUGUUUGACUGAUACUAGGACUAAAAAAGAAAAAGAAAUAAGUGAAACCAGUGAAUCUCUGAAAACCAAAAUGUCUGAACUUCGCCUCUACUGUGACCUCCUAAUGAAGCAAGUUCAUACGAUCCAAGAAUUUGUUCACCAUGAUGAGAAUCAUUCAUCUCCAAGCAUAGAGAACAUGAAUGAAGCCUCUUCUCUACUUAGUGCCACAUGUAAUACCUUCAUCACAACACUUGAGGAAUGUGUGAAGAUAGCGAAUGCCAAGUUUAAACCUGAGAUGUUUCAGCUGUCCCAUCCGGAUCCCUUAGUUUCUCCUGUGUCACCUUCUCCUGUUCAAAUGAUGAAGCGUUCUGUCAGCCACCCUGGUUCUUGCAGUUCAGAGAGGAGUAGCCACUCUGUGAAAGAACCAGUGUCUACACUCCACCGAUUCUCCCAGCGACGCCGAAGAACCUACUCAGAUACAGACUCCUGCAAUGAUGUUCCUCUUGAAGACCCAGAUAGACCUGUUCACUGUUCAAGAAAUACACUUAAUGGAGAUUUGGCAUCAGCAACCAUUCCUGAAGAAAGCAGACUUAUGGCCAAAAAAAAAUCUGAAUCGGAAGAUCCUCUUCCAUCCUUCUCUCCCUGAGGAAAUGGAAGUGUCCAACUUCCUCUAAGUAUUGCUAUGCAAAAGCUGCUGUAAUUAAACUAUGUUAUAGGGAGUAGUUUUUCCCUUAGGAUUUCUCUGCACUUUAUAGAAUAUUGUAAAACAAACAAAAAACAACCCACAUACCUUUGAAGUGUAUUUUAUCUUUAUAUAGUUUAUUUGCAAGAGUAUUUUCCUAAUAACUUCACAGUAUGAAUGUGCAUCUUUUUUUUUUUUUUUUAAACAAACGAUGGUGUAACAUUUUGACAUCCAUAAGGACAAAUGUAGAUAUUUUUCUAAAAAACUGUGAGGGACUGACAGCUUAGUCAGUGUGUAUUGUAGAUUAUAAACUUGAAAUCUUAUAAACCUAAGGUUUCAGUUUGACAGAAGUGUGAUAUAUGUAACUUGUGCCAUGGACCAAAUGGUCACUUUACCCCAGCUGAAAAUGAGUGACGGUCACAGCUUGAUAGUGAUUGUAUUAUAUUCCUUUAAGCAAAAAGGAAACAUUUAAUAUUCAGAAUAUUUUUAUCCCAAAUACUAUGACAUUAAGAAUUUUUUAAAAACCAGACUCUGCUGUCCUUCGUAUGUGAAGAUGACACUACUGAUUUGUCAAUACCAAAUGUUGGGUUAAAGUAUUUAAUUUUUACUUAUUUAUUUUUCUGUUGCAUCAAAAAAUGAUUGCAUCCUAACUUUUAUGACCUACCAAAUUUAAAAUGUGUAAACAUUGUUAUUUACAUUGUUCUAGAAAAGAGGUUAAUGUAGUGACCUUGCUCACUUCCAGGAGAGAAAUAAAUGACUUGCAAUGGAAGAGGAUUUUAGUGCUUUUUUUUUUCCCCAAAACAGACAUUAUUAAGCUGCUGUUGUAAGGUAUUAAUGUUUGCAGCUCUUUAGACUAUUGAGACAUUUUUUAUUUAUGAGUAUUUAUAAAAAAAAGGAAUCUGUCAAGGAGACUGCUCUACAUAACUUGAGAGUAGCAUUAUUUAAUUAAAGAACAAGUAGCAUUUUUUUUGGUAGUGCCUGUCCAUACCUAUUGUCAGUGUUUGCCUUGUAAGGUGUUUUUUUUUUUUUUUCAGUUCACUUUGAAGUGACGGUUUUGUCCAAGGUUUUGGAUGAGGAGCACUUUAAAACAAACUGGUUUGGUGUUUUUAAGUUAAUCAUAUGUUUAAUAAAUAUGUGGUUUUUGCAUUCAAA